CACUCUCUUUCUCUCACUUCAUUUUCGCUCUCUUCUUCUUCUUCUCUAUCUUCUCGCUCUGAUUCUCGGAUCCACACCGGAGUUUUCUGAUCUAGGGCUUACUUUUUCUCCGUCGGAGAAGUUCGUCACGCCUCGGUGGAGCCUCCGUUCCUGAGAUCCGAUUGCUUCUCCUGUUCUUGGCUCGAGAUCCGGGCCAAGCACAGAAGAAACUGGUUCCGGUUCCUGAUUCGCCGCUGCUCGACCUCGCGAUUCCAGGAUCUUUUAUCUUAUGGCGUCAAGUGAGGGAUUUCUUACAGAUGAGCAGAGGGAACAGCUAAAAAUAGCCAGUCUAAAUGCAGACGUUUUUUCAUCAUCUCCGAAAUCCCCUCCAUCACUGCUUUCUGAACAUCACGUGAAAGCUCCCGGUGGUGGCAAGGCACCAACUGUCCCCGUGAGACAUGUGCGCCGAUCGCAUUCCGGAAAGUAUGUGCGUGUGAAGAAGGAUGGUGCUGGUGGUAAAGGAACCUGGGGAAAACUUCUUGAUACUGACAGUGAAUCCCAUAUUGAUCGAAAUGAUCCUAACUAUGAUAGCGGAGAGGAACCGUAUCAGCUUGUUGGUCAAACUGUUUCAGACCUAUUGGAUGAAUAUAAGAAAGCGGUGGUCUCCAUUGUUGAAGAAUACUUCAGCACUGGUGAUGUUGAAUUGGCAGCAUCUGACCUCAGAGAACUUGGCUCAAGUCAAUAUCAUCCUUACUUUAUUAAGCGGCUUGUUUCUAUGGCCAUGGACAGGCAUGACAAGGAGAAGGAAAUGGCCUCAGUUUUGCUUUCGGCUUUGUAUGCUGAUGUCAUUAGCCCAUCCCAGAUUAGAGAUGGGUUUUUCAUGCUUCUUGAAUCUGUUGACGACCUUGUAGUGGACAUACUAGAUGCAGUCAACAUUCUUGCCUUGUUUCUCGCACGUGCGGUAGUUGAUGAUAUCCUACCUCCAGCGUACCUCACAAGGGCAAAGAAAGCACUUCCAGAAGCUUCCAAGGGAUUUCAGGUAAUUCAAACUGCGGAGAAGAGCUAUCUCUCAGCUCCACACCAUGCGGAACUUGUGGAAAGGAGGUGGGGUGGUAGCACUCACAUUACUGUUGAGGAAGUAAAGAAAAAGAUUGCUGAUUUGUUGAGGGAAUAUGUGGAGAGUAAAGACGCCUUUGAGGCCUGUAGGUGCAUAAGGGAGUUAGGAGUUUCAUUCUUCCAUCACGAGGUCGUGAAGCGGGCUUUGGUUCUUGCCAUGGAGAUCCAAACAGCAGAACCACUGAUUCUGAAGCUAUUAAAGGAAGCUGCUGAGGAAGGCCUUAUAAGUUCCAGUCAAAUGGUAAAAGGGUUUUCUCGGUUGGCCGAGAGCCUCGAUGACCUUGCGCUUGACAUUCCAUCUGCAAAACCCUUGUUCCAGUCCCUUGUCCCCAAGGCAAUAUCUGAAGGAUGGCUUGAUGCUUCAUUUGUGAAAUCCUUGGGUGAAGAUGGGGAGGUUCAAGAGGAAGAUGAAAAUGUUAGACGGUACAAGGAAGAGGCUGUGACCAUUAUUCGUGAAUAUUUUCUCUCGGAUGACAUUCCUGAACUCAUCCGAAGCCUUGAAGAUCUUGGGGCACCUGAGCACAACCCAAUAUUCUUGAAGAAGCUUAUCACACUUGCAAUGGACAGGAAGAAUCGUGAGAAGGAAAUGGCAUCCGUUCUGCUUUCUGCUCUACAUAUUGAGAUGUUCUCGACUGAUGACAUUAUAAAUGGCUUUGUCAUGCUUUUGGAAUCAGCAGAGGAUACGGCAUUGGACAUUUUGGAUGCUUCAAACGAGCUCUCUCUUUUCCUUGCUAGGGCUGUGAUUGACGACGUCUUGGCUCCCCUGAAUCUGGAAGAAAUUGCAAGCAAGCUGCCGCCAGAUUGCAGUGGCACUGAAACCGUGCGGAUGGCUCGGACCUUGGUCGGUGCUCGUCAUGCUGGUGAGAGGAUCCUCAGAUGCUGGGGAGGCGGAACUGGCUGGGCCGUGGAGGAUGCCAAGGACAAGAUAAUGAAGCUCUUGGAGGAGUACGAGAGUGGGGGCGUUGUGAGCGAAGCUUGCCAAUGCAUCCGUGACCUCGGGAUGCCCUUCUUCAACCACGAGGUGGUGAAGAAGGCGCUGGUGAUGGCGAUGGAGAAGAAGAAUGACAGGAUGCUAGACCUGCUCCAGGAGUGCUUCAACGAAGGCCUAAUCACAAUCAACCAGAUGACGAAAGGCUUCACCCGGACCAAGGACAGUCUUGACGAUCUGGCUCUCGACAUUCCUAACGCGAAGGAGAAAUUCAGGUUCUACGUGGACCAUGCUCAGAAGAAAAUUUGGCUCUUACCGUCUUUUGGGCAAUCGCCGACCUUAGAUGUUUCACUGACUCAGGUUGCAGCUUCUUGAGGAGAACAUGCAUUUUCGAUUGUCUCUCUCAUGUAUGUUGUUGCCCAUGACAUAUUUGAACCAUUUCAAAUGGUGUUAUUUUACUCUUAUUAUAGAGUUGGAUCGGUAUGGGAUGUAAUGGGGUUUUUUUCUCUCUUGGUUUUAUCUUUACUUCAAGUGGUCGUUCAUCUGAUGGAGAUUCUACCAAUGUGUAAAGUCGGAUUUUCUUAGGCUUA